AACAAACUGCAUCGGAUAAUGGUUCUGAAAGCGUGAGCAGCAUGUCUGCAUUAGCUGCAGCAGGUGUGAAUCCGAAGGUAAUGUUACUUUCCAAAGCGGGCGUAAAACUGGUGUCGUAUUCUAGUAGAAGGAAGAGUGGGCGUGCUUGUGGUUGUGCCUCCUCGGUUACGGUGGUUGGAGAUAGUGGGGAGCAGCACGAGCCGCAGACAAAAUUUGCGCACGGUGACGGUAUUAAUGAGAAGCAGACUGACGUUGAUGCUCAUGUGGAAAACAAGAUAGAGAAGGCAGAAGUAAGUGAAGAUGUCACGAGGCCUGAUCAAGAGGUGGUAGAUCAAACAGGGGAAGCCAAAGCCGAAGAGAAAGCGGAGGGGGGACAAGUACUAAAGGAGCAAAGUCAAUCUAUUCUGGCUGGUAAUGCCAUCACUGAGGCGAUGCCACCCAGACCCAAUACCGGAGUAGACGCUGAAGGCUCAGAAGCCACGCUGGAAGAUAUACUUCUGGCGUCGGGAAGACCCCU